AUGCCAGCCUCUUCAUGGUACUUGCUGCUGAUACUCUUUGGGAUCCUCCUAUCCAUUUGGCAGUUGGGAAAUCCCACGACACGGUUGCAGAAGUUGCUAGUCGGUGAUGUGUCUGCUAAGCAACUACUGAAUACUACUACUGGUAGUAGUAUGUUCUACAACUACUCUCUGCCAGCGGAUCCUCGGCCUUCCGUUCACUUGAUGCAUGUUGGAAAAGCGGGUGGGACAACACUACGUGACUACGUCAUCAAGUGGAAGAAUUGUUCCUGGCCUGCCAAUAUCCAGCGCUGCCGGGAAAUUUUCAAUGGAGUGGAAGAAUCUGCCAUUUCCAACUAUACCAAGGGCAUCACCCACUAUGGCAAAACGUUUGGCAAACAGCUCUCUUCCAAGGACAUUCUACUCUUUGUUGUCCGCGCUCCCAUUGAUCGGUUCAUCAGCUGGUGGGCGUAUACAGUUCCUAUCAAGUGUGUCGAUGGUGGCAAGUGCAGUAGAAAAGACAAAGUUCUUGAAAAGUUCAUCCAAACCUUCUAUUUGAAGUGUUUUCCCUCGCUCGAAUCCUUCACCCAAGCAUUGAACCCCAGUCACAACACUGCCAAGGCACAAAAUACUUCUGAUUCACUUUUUAGCAACUAUACUGCUGCUGCUGCUGCCAAUGCUACUACUGACUACUCUGACUGCAACCAACUACUACAGGGGGCAUUCCAGACUGUGGGAAAGAGUCAUUAUGGACACUUGACGGCUGGAUACCGAUACUACUAUCAGGAGGCGGGUGGUCCAUCAUCCAUCAACAACCAUACCAUAGUCACCAUUCGAACCGAAUUCUUUUGGAAUGAUGUGGUCCAAUUUGAUCUGGCAUUGGGAGGACAUGGGGACUUUCACACUGUCAUGGGAAAGAAAGAAACCCAUGGCAGCGAAGCAUACUGGACCAAACACAACAACAGCAACAAAGUUAUGAUUUCUUCUGCCAACAUGCCAUAUGUGUGUUGUGCCCUGUGGCCCGAAAUGGUGGUGUAUAGAACGUUGGUGGAACAAGCGGUCAACCUACUCCCCCAGCAACGAAUCCAAACAUAUCAAAAGACGUGGAAUCAAUGCCAUGUGCAAAGUUGGGAGGCAUUGGAACAAAUGUGUGAUGGACUAGAAACAUCACUCAAUUAA